AUGUAUCCCAGCAACUACCAGACAACUCUAGAGAAUUAUGGGAUAGGGGCCCGAAUCUGGGACAUUAUACCUUGUUGUAAAAACUAGCUGCUCACCUCCACCAUGGUUGUUGAUAAGGUCUUCAAGAUUAGGGAAAUCGAGAUUUCCCAGGUCUCUUUCAUGGGGAUAAUCAGGCAGGCAGAGAGAGCUCCAAACUACAUUCACUACAAAAUCGAUUAUAUGACCACCAAGCCUAUUGAGGUCCUCCAGGGGCUGGGCAGAGAUACAAAGCAGGGGAUGACUACGCUUCCAGUGGGAGUAUAUAUCAAAGUGAUCAGCAUCCUCAAAUAUUCUGUGGAAGUGAAGAUCCUUGAGAUACUGAAAAUCUGAGUCCGGUAUGACAUGAAUGGGUUCACCACACAUAUCCUGGAAACGGUCAACACACCCACGAUGCUGAAGAAAGCCCGCCAAGCAGGUACUGGGCAAAGUGAGCCAGUUGCCGCAUCAGAAAUGGAGGAAGCCGAAAAGAAUAGCGGGUGCCGUGUCAACUUCAUCUACAAGGAGGUUCUGCGUUUGAUUUACGAUUGUCCUUGUUGGGAAGGCAAGAGCAUCCACAAGUUCCAGACCGAGCUUCUCAGCCUGAGCCUCAGAGCCAGCAAGGAAGCUAGUGACUAUCUGACCGUUGAGGACCAUAUCUACCCCACUGUGGAUGGGGAGCAUUUUAAACCUGCUGAUUGAAGACGUGAAAAGAUUUUUCAUUUUCCAAAGACACUCAUCACCAGCUAUGAGUUUGAACUGUUGACUGUUAGGAAGUAGGUUUUUUUUUUGUUGUUGUUGUUUUUCUUUCAACAAAAGCUCUCAAUUGGCAUCCUUUGGAAUCUUGCUGCUUUUCCAGCUACUUGGAACUUUUCUGUUUUGAAGCUCAGAGGGAGAUGGCAGUGGAUAAGCUGACUGGACUUUUCGUAGCAUUUACCAGCAAGCAAAUGCAAACACUCCUGGAUGGAUGAAUUUGGGGAAGAAAAGACAGAAAAAGUUGAAAAUUAUUAUUGUGUAGCAGCUUCUUUUUCUGAAAUAUCUAUGUAUUAGGAGAAAGUAGAUGCAGUCAGAGAGCCAGGUAAGAGACAAAAAACCACAAAAAAUUCUGUUGUUUGUACUUUAGACUUAUUUUCUAGGUUUGCAUUUAGCUUAUUAUAGUCCUGUUAUCUCUUGCUAAGUAUACUAAUUCAAAUGUGCUAAAGACAGCAAAUUAUAGAUUUAUUUAAUUUAUGGAUUCAGAUGCUCAGUUUAAGUGUUUAUUCAGUGAUUUGCUCUUAUUACCGUAGGUUUAUGGUUUUUUAAAAAUAAGGUUAUCCUAUGUUAAACAGCUUCAUCUUUGAAUAAUUUUUUCUUAAAAUGUGAUUAAAUUUAGUGAUUAUUUCAAAUACAGUAUGAUGAUAGACUAAAUUACAGUGUUUUAGUUACAUGAUACAUGGAUUGCAGACAUUGCUAGGAAAAUAGUAACUAAAAAAGAAACCUUCUCAGCUGCCUUUGUGCCUGGGAACUGAUGUGUUGGGAUAUAUACACCUGAAUUUAAGGCUGAGGACCAACCCUUUUUCUCCUCCAUCCUCAGAUGGGAACUGUCCUCGCGCUAUGUUCCUUGGCCUUCUUUUUAGCUUUGUCAGUUACCCCAGCACUUCUACCCAUCUUAUUCUUUAGAAGAGAUUCAUGUACUUUAGUGGGAUUCUGCCACAGGUAAGGGACUGCAAUGGAAGAAUAGUACGUAGGUCUGGCUAUAAUGUGAGUGCAAAUCAAUAAACAUUUUUAAACAGAAAACAAUUGGAUUCUCUUAUCUAUGCAUAUUUGGUGCAUGUUAGGGGUAGCAGAUAUUAAAAAUACAUUUAAAACCAUCUACUUGGCAUCCAUACUAGUUUUUCAGUUUUUAGACAGUAAACAACUUGGCGAGGGUUCCCCUAUCUCUCUGGGUGUUCCGUAUAUGUGAGCCAAACCUCUGAAGGUAAGAUACAAAUCCUGGGGAAAUACUGUCAACCAUUUUGGUCAGGGACAUUAAGCCUGAGGAAACUGGAGAACAUAAUUGAUGAUUAUAAUCCACUUGGGGUUGUUUUUGAAA